AUGGUCGCCUGGUCGAGAAUCUGUCUCGCUCUUACCGCCGCCAGUGGCGCUUAUGCUGCUCCGGCUGCUGCCAAUCAUGGCCCUCUCUCUCUCUUCAGUGAGAUCAAGCAGAUCCCCUCCCAGUGGCAGGCGUCUGGCGCCGCGGAGAAGACUGCUUUGAUCAAGGGCCAGAUUGGUCUCAAGCAGAGCAACAUCAAGGGUCUCGAGCAGAAGCUUCUCGACAUUUCCAACCCCAGCAGCCCAAACUACGGUAAGUGGUUGUCUCAUGACGAAGUUGCCACCUUCACUGCCCCUUCAGAGGGCAGCAUCGAGGCUGUCAAGUCGUGGUUGGCCGCCAAUGGCAUAUCCGAGGUCUCUCAGCCGACGAAUGACUGGAUCGAAUUCACUGUUCCUAUCCACCAGAUGGAGUCGCUUCUCGACACCAAGUACGAAUGGUUCACCCACGAAAAUGGGGCCCAGAUUCCCCGUACGACCAAGUACUCGGUCCCUGAAGGUCUUCACUCCAUGAUUGACAUGAUCACGCCGACGACGGCCUUUUACAGCAAUAUCGACUCUCACGCCCAAGAAGCGGGUGUCACGGCCAAUAAGGGCAUCCAGCGCCGCGCAGGCUGCCCAAGCAACGGCAGCAUGAACCCCAACUGCAUCAACCAGCACUACAAUGUCGACUAUACUAGCAACGGCAGCCAGCUCGUCGCAACCACUGGUCUGCUUGGCCUUGGUGCCAAUCAUACAGACUAUGCCAGCUUCGGUAAUGCUUUUGUCCCCAACUUGAAGGACUUCCAGGAUGUCACCCUCGGCAAUGCACCCAACUCGGGCAAUGGCAGUGCCCUCGAAGGAAACCUUGACACCCAGUACAUGGGCGGCCUCUCUUACCCCAAUCCUAGCGUUUACCUUUCCACUGGUCCUACUGGUUCAGACGCCACUUCCUUCAACGACGCCCUUAGCAAUAUUGCCAGUUACUUGACCUCUACUUCCAGCCCUCCCUCGGUCGUCUCUACUAGCUAUGGCGGUGCUGAGAAUGCCUUCGACGGUGACUACAUGGACCGACUAUGCAACGAGUUCAUGAAGAUUGGCUCGCUCGGUAUUACCCUCACAUUCUCAACUGGCGAUCAUGGCGUCGGCGGUAACGGUGCCAGCAAUUGCAACCAAGGUUUCUACGCGCUCUGGCCUGCAAGCUGCCCGUAUGUGACUGCCGUUGGUGGUACCCAGUUCAAUGGAGACUCGGAGGAAGUUGCCAAUUUCUACAAACUCAACAAUAAAACCGAGUCCCCUGGUGGCGGCUACUCGUGGCACUUCAGCGCCCCAGACUACAACAAGAACGUCACUGCAGCCUUUGCUAGUUCGCUCCAGGGCUACGACGACUACAUCAACGCGAGCGGACGUGGUUACCCUGAUAUUUCCCUUGUCAGUGUGGGCUACUCUACAUAUGUCAACGGCAAGGUUCUCGGGGCCCUUGGAACUUCCGCUUCUUCUCCCGCCAUCGCCGCCCUCGUCGGUGUCCUCAACGACUACCGCAAGUCCAAUGGCAAGUCGAACCUCGGCUUCAUCAACCCUCUGCUUUACUCUGCCGCUGCAGCAGACGCGAUCCGCGAUGUUACUUCAGGAAAUAACUUUGGCUGCGGAACCAACGGCUUCUAUGCAAGUCAGGGCUGGGAUGCUGCUAGUGGUCUUGGAACGUUGGACUUUGGCAAGCUUCGCGCUAUCAUCUAA